AUGAGCCGUCCAAACGUCUUCUUCGACAUCUCCAUCGGUGGAAAAGCCGUCGGACGCAUCGUCAUGGAGCUCUACGCCGACAUCGUCCCAAAGACCGCUGAGAACUUCCGUGCCCUGUGCACCGGAGAGAAGGGAGUCGGAAAGUCUGGAAAGCCACUCCACUUCAAGGGAUCCAAGUUCCACCGCAUCAUCCCGGACUUCAUGAUCCAAGGAGGAGAUUUCACUCGUGGAAACGGAACCGGAGGAGAGUCGAUCUAUGGAGAAAAGUUCCCAGAUGAGAACUUCAAGGAGAAGCACACCGGACCAGGAGUCCUCUCCAUGGCCAACGCCGGACCAAACACCAACGGAUCCCAAUUCUUCCUCUGCACCGUCAAAACUGCCUGGCUCGACGGAAAGCACGUCGUCUUCGGAAAAGUGUCCCAAGGAAUGGAUGUCGUCCAGAAGAUCGAGACCUUCGGAACUGACUCCGGAAAACCAAAGGCCGAUAUCGUCAUUGCUGAUUGUGGACAGCUCUAA